CUGACGAGAUGUUGCCUGCAAAGUUGACAGUCGUUGCCCUCCUGGCGUCAGUUUGGUGUUGCACAUCACAAGAGCUCCGCUAUAGUGUCGCAUGUGGCAGUAAGAACCUGAUACUGCAAUGCCCCGACAAUCACGUUGUCAGAGUGAAAGACCUACGCUAUGGUAAAGCUGAUCAGGUCAACUGUGCCGCCACAACCCAAGCCGCCACAGUCUUCUCAACACGACCGCAGUGCCUCAAUCCCAAUCUUAACUCAUGGACCAUGUUCAUCUGUAAUGGCCUGCAGCGUUGCCGCCUGCCAAAGCCAAAUCCAAUAAUGUUCGUAUGCGACGAAAAUGACAACUUUAUCCAGGUCAGAUAUUACUGCAGGAAGCAAAGACCUGCUGAGCGCACAGUUGUUGCCUGCGAAGGAAAAACGGCAGCUCUCAUAUGCGGCGGUGGUAAAUCCAUCAGGGUCCUGAAGGCCAGCUAUGGACGCUUUGAUGAGACAUUCUGCAGUAAAACCCCCUCCAUCAUGACUUUCUGCGCCAGCCCCUCAGCCCAUAGGAUCGUUGCAGAUAAGUGCCGAAAUCAAAAGUCCUGCAAAGUCCUUGUCGGCAAGAACUUGGGGACUGGGUCUAGAUGUGAUAGAAAUCCCAAGUACCUAACUGUGAACUACCUCUGCGUGUGA